AUGGAGUUUUUAGAUGAAGAGAGUAGACCUUCCAGAUUUAUGUUUCAAUCCAAGGCAUCAACAGAAACAGAACCUGAAAACUUUAAAGUAAACAAAACCCUUGCAGUUUCAUGCAUCAUCAUCUCUGUAAUUCUUAUUAUUACAUCAAUCUUUGUUUUUGAAUCUGAAACCCUAAAAUUCAUUGUAUUUUGGUUUUCUCUUUCUCUAAUUGUUGGUCCAUUUGCUCCUAAUUCAAUCACUGCUGGUGAUAUUCGUGUUGGUCAAGGUCAAAUCCUCGAACCACUAAAUGAAGAGGAUGAGGCGGAUCAAACCGGGGAUAAGAGAAGAGGAUUUAAUCGGAAACAACACCAAACAGUUAAGAAAAAUGACGAUCUCAGGGAUGUUAAUGCCAAGAGUUCUGAGAAAUUGAAGAUGAAUACGAAUAAUACUACUGAUGUGGUUUAUGAAGAGAAAGAAUGGGUGGAAGAGGAUUUUGAGAUGUUGAAGAAACAGAUUUUGAAACAUCCAGUUGGAGAACCAAAACGAUGGGAAUUGAUUACUGAAGCUUUUCAAGGUAGGCAUGGAUUAGAAAGUGUGAUUAAAAUGGGGAAAUCAUUAUCAGAAAGGAAAGUAGGUAAUGGGGAUUCAUUUUCUCAGUUUUUGAAACAGAGAAAACCAUUAGAUAAGAGAUUGGUGGAAGAAUCAAAUGGGGAUUUCGAAUUGAUUAAUGAUGACAGGAAAGAAAAUUCAAAUUGGACUUCUGCUGAAGAUGUUGCUCUUCUUAAUGCUUUAAAAGCAUUUCCAAAGGAUGUUGCAAUGAGAUGGGAGAAAAUUGCAGUUGCUGUUCCAGGUAAAUCUAAAGCUGUAUGUAUGAAAAGGGCAAAGGAGUUGAAAAACGAUUUUCGUAGUUCCAAAACCUCUGGGGAUUAG